GGGGGGGGGGGGGUCCCCAGUGACCUGGGUGCGCCCCACACCCCCAGCUGGAAGGAGGACUCGCUCUUGUCUGCCCGGCCUCCUCGCCCAGCCUUGAGCUGCUUCAACAGACCAGGCCCCCUUGCGGGCUGCUUCUCACAUUAUUAUUAUUAUUCACAUUUUAUCUCCCGCUUUUCCUCCAAGGAGCCCAGGGCGGCGUGCUACGUACUCGAGUUUCUCUUUCACAACCACCCUGUGAAGUAGGCUAGGCUGGGAGAGAAGGGACUGGCCCAGAGUCAGCCAGCUAGUCUCAUGGCGGAAUGGGGAUUUGAACUCGGGUCUCCCGGUCCUAGUCCAGCACUUCAACCACUACACCACACCGGCUCUCAGGGAGACAUCUCUCGAUCUACACUCGAUGACCCACACCGUGCAUAAUGUUAUACACUGCUAUCAUGCCCCCCCCCCCACUUACCUGCCUUCUUUCUGAACAACAAAGGAUGUUGCCAUCUUUCCUCGUGGGCGAGCCACUCCCACCCUUGAACAUUUUGGUCGCCCUUUUCUGCACCUUUUCUAGCUCUACACAAUAUCCUUUGGAAGGGGUGGUGUCCAGAAUGGUACAUCGUGCUGCUGUGCUGGUCCUGUGCGGAUAGGUUAUCCUCUCCUAAAGACCCAUCUUCUCAGCCUGGCUUUUUAAAAUAAUGUUUUUAUUGGUUUUAAAUGGUUUUUACUUUUUUAUGUUCAUCUUAACUUUUUUUAUUUUAUGUUUAUGUUAAAAAAUUUAAAUGUUAUGAUGUUUUACACUUUAAUGUGCAUAUAAAUAAAAUAUUAGGAUAUCAUUGCAUUGGACUGCAGUGCAAACACAUACUUUAAAGGGAUGUUGCUUAUAAUUUGAUUGGCCCCCGUCUUGCUUCAAGAUGGCAAAUAGGGGGAAAGUCCCAUGUGUUAUAAAUUUGUUUUGGAUUAAAUUGUCAGCACAUGAAUUCUAAAGGAGAUGCUUAUACUUUGACUGGCCACCGUGUUGAAACAAAUCAAUAAAAGGAUUUUCUAGGAUCACCUCCCAUGUGCUGUGAAUUUGAUUUGUAUUGGGAUGUCAAUACAUGAGUUCUAAAGGGGUGUUGAUUCUACUUUGGCUGCCAUCUUGAAACAAGAUGGCGGAUGGGGAAAAAUACUCAUGUCAGCAUACCUCAGGACCCCAUGCAGAUGGGGCGUGGGAAUGCACCAGUCAGAGUCUCCUAGGACUUCCUUCCAUGAGCUGUGAAAUUGGUUUGCAACAGACUGCAAAGUACACAAAAGUUAUUAGAGGGACACACUACACACACACAAACGUCUCAUAAGCCUUCGCCCUUCAGAAAGGAGGCUGAUUGGGCGGGGGAUGAAGCAUAACCUGUCGAGUAUUAUUCUUUUCCCAUAAAUGUUAGAAAUACAGGGAUGUUUUUGGUUUUCAGGGGGACUCCAACAGGAAGAGAAGGUUCUCUUUUCAGCCCUGAGUCCCAAGAGAUGGGAGAGAAAACGUGCAAGUAAAAAAAUGCCUAAUGAAAGGGGCAGUCAGUUUGGCAGAUUCUAUUUCAAGAACCCAUUUUAUACUGUCAAAUUCUUUGUUAUGUGCCAAGGGUUUCUGCAGCUCACUCAAUUGCUGACAUCUGGCUUUAUGAAAAGCUCCGUUUCCACAAUCGAGAAGCAUUUUGGAUUGUCCAGCCAGACGUCUGGACUGAUAGCCUCCUUCAAUGAGGUGGGAAACACGUUGCUGAUCAUCUUUGUGAGUUACUUCGGCGGCAGAGUCCACAGGCCCCGCUUGAUAGGCUUUGGGGCCAUCCUUGUCUGUCUGGCCGCAGUCAUCAUUUCCCUUCCUCACUUUGUAACGGACCUUUAUGAAUAUGAUCGAUCCAUUUCUGAUAAGUCAAGCAACGCUACAGAUAUCUGUCUCCCUAACCAGCCUGUCUCACCUGCACCUGACCCAUGUUCUGAGAACGAAAGAAGGGAAAGCCGAGUGGUUCUGAUACUCCUUUUUCUCGGGCAGAUUCUCCUCGGGAUUGGUGGAGUUCCCAUCCAGCCCUUUGGCAUCUCAUACAUUGAUGACUUUGCCAAUAGAAGCAACUCACCUCUCUAUAUAGGAAUCCUCUUUGCUGCAACUACCAUCGGUCCUGCAAUAGCGUUCUUGUUGGGGUCGAUCACGUUACGCUAUUAUGUCGACAUUGACAAAGUUGCUGUAGCGGAUAUUCAACUCAGCAGAACAGAUCCGCGAUGGGUUGGAGCCUGGUGGCUCGGAUUCCUAGUGGCAGCCGGCCUGGUCGCCCUCGCAUCAGUUCCCUAUUUCUUCUUCCCCAGAGAGAUGACUAAAGAGGAGGACAUUACUGCAGAGCCAAUGUCUGGUACAGAUCUCCUGGAUGAAUUUAAAUCCAAACCGAAUGAUGGGAGAGACCUCACUCUGUGGCAGUUCAUCAAAAUGUUUCCUGUGGCUUUGCUGAGAAAUCUCAAGAAUCCAGUCUUUGUCAUGGUGAUCUUGGCUCUGAUCAAUCUCUCUUCCAUGGUUGCUGGAUUGGCAACCUUCCUUUCCAAAUACCUGGAGCGGCAGUUCAAUCUGACAGCAUAUUUUGCUAACAUGCUCAUCGGGUCCAUCAACAUCCCAGGGGCCAUGGUUGGAAUGGUGCUCGGCGGUGCCAUCAUGAAGAGCUGCCACCUCAGCCUCCGGCGUGCCACCACCAUGUGCAUUGUCAGCAUGGGCCUUUCCAUCCUUUUAGACUUCCCCCUCCUAUUUCUGGGCUGCCCUACACAGACGGUUGCUGGCCUCGACUACACUAGAAGUAACUAUGGAAUUGGACAGCACGUUGCUGAAUGUAACAAAAUGUGCCACUGCUCCCCCGUAGUCUUCAACCCUGUGUGCGGCCAAGACAACAUUGAAUACGUCUCUUCUUGUUAUGCCGGCUGCUCAGUUGCAUAUGAGCUUCCAAACUCGAAAACUGUGAUGAACUACACCAGAUGCAACUGCAUCCUCGUCAAUGGAGCGAUGGGAUCUGCGGUCCCUGGAAGCUGCAGCACUCAGUGUUCCAGGUUCCUGAUCCCCUUUGUUUUGCUUGCCAGUCUGGCUGGAUUCCUGGCGAGCAUCUCACACACUCCAGCCUUCGUGCUUAUCCUGAGGAGCGUCAAGCCUGAAGACAAGUCGUUUGCCAUUGGGAUACAGUUCCUGCUGCUCAGAGUUGGUGCCUGGCUGCCUGCUCCUGUGCUGUUUGGCAGCACCAUUGACACCACCUGCCUCCUGUGGCAAAUCAAGUGCGAGAAAAAAGCUGCCUGCAGAUACUACGACAACACGUUAUUCCGGCAAAGGUUUAUUGGCAUUCAGAUUUUAUUCCAGUUGUGCUGCUUUGUGUCAUUCUCCGUUGUGUACAUCCUCCUCUGGCGGAAGGAGAAACAAGACUCCGAGAAUAAGAAGGAGCAAAGUUCAGAGGCAGAUCACGCCAGUGUUAGCGUUAGCGCCACUGCUGAACCCAAGGCUUGAACUAUGGGCCAGGAUUCUGAAUUUCUGUUCUGCCAAAAGGAGGAGCCAGGCUCCACGUGUUCACGCCCAAUUCCAGUGGUGAUGGGACAGGACGAGACGGAGGACAGAAACACCUUCUCCAUGCUGUGUUCCAUUUGGGUGCUUGGACAGUUCCCUCCUUUGUACAUACAACGUGGUGUUCGUUGCCCUGGUGCCAUCAGGCAAAGGGUGAGGGAUACAUAUUAUAAAUAAAUAAAUAAUCAAUUUGCCACUAAUCAUA